CCCAAGCAUAAACUGCAAAUCAUUCGCAUUCUCCAAAAGCUGUCUGAUUAACUGACCAUGCCACGUCUCUUCGAUAUCCCCGCUUCCCUCCCCUUCACUCCCAUCUCACCAGAUGUAGACCCCGAAAAAGUCGCUCUAGGAUUUCUCCCCAGCCUCACCACCCUCUCCCCCUCCUCUAUCACCUCUUCUGGGACUUGGCGUGAUCUCUACGCUCUAACAGGUACACUCCGAACUUUCUACGGUCCCUCCUCCAUCCUCACAGCUUGGGCCGCAACCACCAAACUCUUGCAACCCACCAAGUUCUCCCUGCAACCCAAUUCUGCACAGAUCUUCCGCGCAGGACCAUUAUGCUGGAUCCAAGCCAUCUACGAAUUUGAGACCGAAAAGACGGACUGUCAGGCUAUUGUUUCAUUGGUGCAAGAUGAUGGGGAAUGGAGGAUUUGGUUGUUGAGGACGUUUUUGAUGGGGUUUAAGGGGGAGAACUCUGUUGAUUUUCUGGAGCCGGAGGGCGGAAAGGCGGAGGGGAAGGAGGAUACUAGUUUUGAUUGUGUGGUUGUUGGGGCCGGACAGGCUGGGCUUAGUGUUGCGGGGAGGUUGAAGGCGUUAGGGGUUAGUUGUGUGGUGUUGGAGAAAUCUCCUGAGGUGGGGGAUAAUUGGAGGAUGAGGUAUGAUUCUUGUAAAUUGCAUUUGCCGAGAGAAACUGCCCAUCUUCCUUUUGAUCGAACCUUUGGUCCCGAAUGCUCUGAGCAUCUUACUAAAAAUGAGCUGGCCCAAGGUUACAAGAAUUGGGUUGAGAAGUUCGAUAUUAAUGUCUGGACUGAUACAAAGCUCGUAAAGGGCGAUUGGGACGGUUCGAAGAAGCUGUGGACGUUGAAAGUCCAGCGAGGUAGAGAGGAUCGAACGAUUACCAGCUCUCAUGUGGUGUUCGCGGUUGGAAGUGCUCAGAUUCCUAGCAUGCCAGAGUAUUCGACCCGAGAGAAAUUCGAAGGCACCAUCCUCCACUCAAAGGAUUACAAAAAUCCUUCCGCAUGGAAAGGAAAACACGGCAUUGUGAUCGGAACCGCGAACACAGCCCACGAUGUCGUCGAGGACAUGGUAGCUGCUGGUCUCGCCUCAGUAACUAUGGUGCAACGCUCUCCGACCUACGUCGUCCCAGCAGAAUAUCUCCACGGACUUAUCUCUCAAUCCUACAAUGCACAGUUCCCCACCUACCUCGCCGAUCAAUUUUCCUGGUCCAUGCCUUAUCCCAUUGUGGGACGGCUCUACAAAGGUGGCCUCGGCCAUCUCGCAUCCCUGGAACCAAAGCGCUAUGAUGCCCUCAAAGCAGCUGGAUUCAAAUUCGACCAGAACGGAAGUGUGGGGGAGAGUAUUUUUGAUCGUUUUGGUGGGCACUAUGUUGAUGUUGGCGCCUCGAAGAAAAUUGCCGAUGGACUGAUCAAGAUCAAAUCCGACUCCCUACCCACGCACUAUACCGCCGAAGGACUUGCUUUUGCAGACAACUCAGUUCUCCCCGCGGAUGUGGUGGUAUUCGCUACGGGAUUUCAAACAAACUUACGCUCAGUUGUCACUGAGAUCUUCUCGCCAUCUACUGCUGAUGCCAUGGGAGACUUCUGGGGUGUCGACAGUGAGGGAGAGCUUCGAGCUGCCUUUAGACCGGGUGGACAAAAAGGGAUGUUCUACACUGGGGGCGAUCAGUCCCAAUGUCGCUUUUAUUCGCGAUUCAUAGCGUUGAGUAUCAAGGCUGAUGUUAUGGGAGCGCCGCUGCCGAUUUAUGAUGGCGGUUCUUGAGAUGAGACAUUACUUCGUCUCUUGUGG